AUGACAUCUCCGAACCUUGCUCUCUAUCUCACUUGUCUGUUUGUGGGGAAAAUGGCUCAGCCGACUGAUCUGAAAUCAUCCUCAUCUGUUCAUCAUGACAGUGGUUUUAUAUCAGCUAAUGUUGGUGAAGAGAUAACUUUGCAAUGCUUAUAUCAAGCUAAUAUUGCUGCAAGACUUUACUGGUAUAAGCAAACUCUGGGACAGAAAAUGAAGCUCAUUUCUACUUUCUAUAAAUAUGAAUUAAAAAGCACUAUUCAUGAUGAAUUCAAGAACAAUUCACGCCUCACACUGGAUACUACAAAUGGUAAAAAUCACUUGAAGAUCACAGAUUUGCACAUUUCAGACUCAGCUACUUACUACUGCAUUAGUUGCUCUUUAAGUGUGUUCCACAUUUUGGUGGGUACUACCCUGAAUGUAAAGCGUUCAGCUUUGGUGUAUCAGUCGGCAUCUGAGAGCAUCCAGUCAGGAGGUUCUGUGACUCUGAACUGUACAGUACACACUGGGACCUGUGAUGAUGGAGAACACAGUGUUUACUGGUUCAAAAACUCUGAAGAAUCUCAUCCAGGACUCAUUUACACACAUGGAGGCAGGAAUGAUCAGUGUGAGAGGAACACCAGUACACAAACACACACCUGUGUCUACAACUUGCCGAUAAAGAGUCUGAAUCCUUCUCAUGCUGGGACCUACUACUGUGCUGUCGCCUCAUGUGGACACAUACUGUUUGGAGACGGGACCAUAUUGGACGUUGAGCAUGAGGUAGACUCUCUUGUCUUGGUGUAUUUCUUGAGUGGAGCUUUGGCGUUCACCACCAUCCUCAGUGUUUUACUGGCUUUCUCAAUGUACAAGAUGAACAAGAGAAACAGCUGCCAGUCAGAGCGUCAACAUGGAUUUGCAGCUCCGUCCACAGCAGAUGCAGAGGGUUACCAAGACCCAGACAACCUUCAUUAUGCUGCUGAAGUGCCAACGCAGCAAACAGAUCAAGAAGAGUGA